AUGGCAACGACUACGACGACUGCGGCGACUACAUCAACAAAUUUGACUGAAAAUGCUGCGUCACCAUCGUUGUUAACGUCGACGGCGGCGAGCAUAAAUCUAACAACAGUUACAACAGCAUCAACAACAGCCACUGUAGCAGCAGCAACAACAACAACAACAACUACUAAAACAAAUGAAUCAUCUACAUCAACUACACCAGGAUCUUCAAUUAUUUCAAUACCAUCCGCAUCCGCAUUGGCAUAUUCACCAUCGUCUUUAUCGUCACCACCAUCAAACGUAAACGCUCUAACAACAACAACAGUAACAACAGUAAAACCACCAACGGAGACAUUAACAAAGGCUAGCUAUAAGCGCUCUGCAUCCUCCAACAACACAAUCUCAUUAAAAACUUUAGCAAACAAACAAUCAAAAAAAUGCAAUACGUCACUUAUUCCCAAUACUACCACCAACGCAACUACAUCAGAAGCAGCACUAAGUAGAGCUACCACCUCAGCAGUCAAUAGCGAAUUGUGCGGAGCUGUUGCCACUUCCGUCAUUGUUAAGCCCAAGAAUAGCAAACAUUUCUUUAAGCCUUCUAACGCCAGUGAUAAUUAUCAUUAUAAUCAACAACAACAUCAUCAGCAGCAACAGCAGUCGCCACAACAACGGCAGCGAAUCCAAGGACAUCAUGUGUCAGCCAAUGCAACACUGACAGUGAUAACCAAUCAACAUUUUGGGGCAGUAUCGCAUCAGCCUAAACAACUUCUAUUGAAAUCUGUUUCUCACGUACCCAAUGAUGCCAACGAGACGAUUUUAACAUCACAAACCACACCACAACCGGAGCAGCAGCAACAAGUUGUGCUGUUGCAAUGUUAA